AUGCAUGAACUUCGACUAAUGCGCUCUGGAUUUUUUCUGAAUUUCUACGGAUUGCCGCAAUAUGAACUAUGGUUUUAUAAGCUUAAAUUUAUACUUUUCAUAAUGCAAUCUGUGUUUUGCAAACUCAUGCGCAAUCUAUUUUUCAUGCCUAAAGUUGGUAGCAAUGAUUGCAAAAAUGAAAUCGUAGUGGCUCUGGAAGGGAAAGUCGGACGUCAGGUGUGCGGCCUGCCAAUUAGCGUUAUCCUAUCCAGGCGACCUCCGUCGUCGGCGCGCAUCACUGUCACCCGUCGACGGAUCCGACUCGUUGGCUCCUGAUAACGUCCGCUGUUUGCAGCCAACCACGAUACCAGCUGAUAAAGACGCUAAGCCGUCGGGCGCCCGCUGA